UCUUUAGGAUAUGACACGGUGCCAUCACACAUUCAUCGAUGUCCGCUUAAAGACGAACGUUAUUUUCGUGGUGGCUAUUGUGUGCAAAAAUAUGGCUCACGCCAUCGGGAACAAGUGAUAGACGCCAUACAGCUAGA